CUAAAUUUAAUAUAAUUUGUUUGAAUUUUACAGAAAGAACGAUAUCUUGUAUUCUUUAAACCUUAUUCUGGGUUUAAUUCAGAGCAAAGAUGCUAAUCCUGCAUACAAGGGUAAGUUCAAGCAGGCUCCCAUCAACGUAAAAGUUGGAUUUUUAGGGUUAAGAGUUCUGAUCACGUGCUACAGUGAUUACCUGGCCGGAGAGUGGCACAGGAUUGCUAGAACUAUCAGAUUUUACGGGUCUAGAAAUGAGACGAAUGUUGCACUUUGGAAACUAUUGGAUUAUAUUUCUUUACAUAGAACUCCGCUUUACAAUCUUCUUCUACCAUUUAUCAGGACCAGGGAACGUGUAUCUCCGUGUCCUGGAACCCAGAUGAGUUCCCGUUUAACCAGUGAGGUCCAGCAGAGUAGGUCUCGUCUCCUUCUCUCUCUUCAAGCUGAAAUAGAAGAACUCAGACAAGAAAUCCUCAAGAAAAAAUCAGAUCAUCUGCUAGAUGUGAAUACUGCUCGACGCGGACAACGAACAUCUUUUGUGGAAUAUGUUUCGGAAGUGUACAAUAGACAUCAUGGUCCUCAUUCCUCGACCUCUACUCUGUCCUCAGGACAGAAGGACAUAGGACGGGGUGAUGUAACUACCUGGAGAAGUGUACGUCCUGCUAGCUCCGGGUCCCGCUACAAGUACACUGAGGAACAAUCUAUGCCUGGGAUCGAGAUACAAGAUAUCUCCUUAGAAGAAAACACUCAACUAUUUGAGAAACUAGUUCAAGGGUUUGGUUUUCGUCGAAAGAACGUUGGCCGACGAACCAGCUAUGCGGGUGAAACUGUUGAUCCAGAUAUUAACGACGUCAAGAUAAAUGCAACCUCGACCUCUGAACCUCGACUCUUCAGAAAAGGGACUGUUCUUAGAAAUAGAAACAGAUAUAAUCCAACCUCAGUCUGUGAGAAUCCUGGAGGGUCUAAUCCCAGUGGAGAUAAGGAGGUCCAAGGGGCCCCAGGAGCUGCAGGGGGUGCAGCAGGUGCAGCAGGUGCAGGAGGAGGAGGAGGGCAGGAGGCUGAGGAGGGAAAUACAGAGGAUGGGAUGACUAGGAGGCUGCAGAGGAUGAAGGUACGCAGAUUUUACUUCAUUGACGCAGACUCCGCCAAUGAAAUGCCAAUCACAAGUAUGCGUAUACUCGCCUACAACAGAUCUUAUCCCAAGACAGUUCUAGGACCAGUGUCCACUUUGUGCCCUGUACCGGGUUAUGACGUAAGAUAG